GCUUCUUUUGAGCGUUUUAGGUUUUACUUAUCAUUAUGUCUGGACGCGGCAAACAAGGAGGAAAGGUUCGGGCUAAGGCAAAGACCCGCUCAUCCCGGGCAGGGCUCCAGUUCCCCGUCGGUCGUGUACAUAGGCUUCUCCGCAAAGGGAACUACGCCGAGAGGGUUGGCGCCGGUGCUCCGGUCUACCUGGCCGCUGUGCUGGAGUAUUUAACCGCUGAGAUCCUGGAAUUGGCCGGUAAUGCCGCCCGGGACAACAAGAAGACCCGCAUCAUCCCCCGUCACCUGCAGCUUGCCGUGCGCAAUGACGAGGAGCUGAACAAGCUGCUGGGUGGGGUGACCAUUGCCCAGGGAGGCGUCCUGCCCAACAUCCAGGCCGUGCUGCUGCCCAAGAAGACCGAGAGCAGCAAAGCGGCCAAGAGCAAGUGAUCGCCGCUUACCCCAGACCCAUCCUGAACACCAAAGGCUCUUCUAAGAGCCGCCCACAUUGUCUACUACAGAGCUGGCACCGCUGAUCUCGGGUGUGAUAGGGAUCUGCACUUACUGGUCGGUUAGGGGGGGGGGGGGUAACAAGUAAAACAGACAUCGGUGAAGUUAUUCUGAGCUUUUAUAAAAAGUAACAAUCCUGUUAGUUGUAACAAUGUAACGAACGAGACACUAGAGGGCGGCGGCUGCUGCUUUGUUACACUGAAUGUCUGAAUAUUACAGAAAAUAAACGUAAUUAAACAUCGUUGUAUGCUCCGGAUCGCGUACUGUGUGUAUGCCACCAAUAAAGAUUCUAAUCCUAUGCGCAAUGCUCGCACAGCUGCCGUUGGUUAUAAUUCAUGACUAUAAUUAAUUUGCAAAGAUAAGUAAAAGUCUGGUGUAGAUAACCGCACACUGAUCACCCUCCCGCUGUCUCGGGUCUGGAAUAGGACAGGGACGCGGCUCCACUAUAUACUCUGCAGGGAAAACCCGGACAUAGUGUCCUCUCUCCUUCUACCGCAUCAGCCUCACUAGAAUCCCCCUGAUCGGCCCCUAAAAGGUUUCCCCUCCGCCGCCUUUUUCUUCCUAUUUACAGAAACCAGAGGAAUGUAGUCACGUGUACAGGGAAGAGGACGAGACAAAGGGAGAAACGACCAGAAGAAGAGCGGGAAUUUCAAAAUAGUCAACUGCGGUGAUCAACCAAUGAGCGAACAUUCGUGUCUAUAACUCCGCCUAGAGUUAACCCUUCAUUGCCCUCUUUGUACCAAUUACGGUCACAGGUGUCGUGAGACUGAAGCCAGCAGCACCGAUCACACAGGCGCAUUACACUGCAGAGGACACGAUCUACAUCACUAUAGUAACUGAACUCAGCACUGAGAGGGUUAACUGCAGAAAACAAUCCAGGGAUCCUGCUUAUGAGAAC